AUGCCACGCCAGAAGCCUGCAUCUUCAGGCUCGUUAUUCGUUGUUUCCUCAUUCGUAUGGACUGACAAUGUUGAUGUAGAAGGGCUUCAGUCUCCUGAGGUGUACACGACUCGGAGCGCAGCCAAUAAGGCGGCCGUGGAAAUGAUGGCCCGCUAUUCUGAAUUGAGAAACCGCGGUGAUUACAACUACCAGCUGAGAGAAGACAAGAGCAAAGGGUUCUAUUGUGGCAGAUUGGAGUUGGAUGAUGCCCAAUCGGCAACCCAAGUCAGGGUCCAUGUUAGGAUUCACAUGGUGGUACCUGAUGAGCCAACUUCUUUGCAGGGGGGCAACAACAGAGAAGAUGCUGUGGCUUCAUUGGUGGCGAAGCCAGCAUCUGACGACGAGGAGGAUGACGAAGAUCAAGAGGAUGAAAAGAUCAGAGAAGAGAAACCCGACGUUGAGGAGGAUAAGAUCAAGGAAGAGGACAAUAACGACGACGUGGACGACGAAGAAGCAGAAGAAGUAAAGCCAAAGAAGCCAGCCAAGAAACCAGCCGGCAAGAAAAUAGCACUUGCCAUCACCUCUCGCAAGACCAUCCCGAAGGGCAAACCCAACUGCCUCAAAGGUCUAAAGGUGCUUUUCACUGGCACUUUUAAUACGAUGGACCGCAAGACUUCGGUGGCCGCCGCGGAGAAGUACGGGGCCCAAGUCAUCACCAAGCUGGAGGACACAGACUACAUCAUCCUCGGUACCAGGGCGGGACCCAAGAAGCUGGAAAUCAUCAACGAGCAUGAGCUUGACACCAUCACGGAAGAGGAAUUCUUCCAGAUCCUCGAGAAUGGCGUUUCCAAGGAGAAACGAGAGAGUAUGGCCGCUCGAAGAGCUGCGGAUGCGGCGGAGGGACCCGAGGAGUCCGAGGGGCCGCCCAAGAAGAGGAGCAGGAAAUGA